AAGGAACACAGAUCCUAGGUGGAGAAGACGGCCCUCGGGUUGCGAGUUCCCUCUCCGGGCGCACUGACCACUCGCCAGCCCUUCUGCUUCUGUUUUCUGAAGCCUGGGUUCUCUGGCUUCUGGAAUGCCCCAAUCCCGUGAAGGGGCUCCCAGUUCCCUGCCUUCCUUUCGCCACCAGGAUCCAGCCAGCGGGCCCACACCGGGCGGCCCGCAGCAAUCCAGUCGCCCCAGUAGCUUGGCUGGCUCUCGCCUUUACACUCCAGAGAGGCGGGCGGGUUCAAACCGGGAGCCGGGAGCGUUCUCAAGUGGCCCUCACCAUUGCGCCGCCUCCCACGGGGGGUGCUUUUCUCGCAGACAGUCGGGAGUCUGAGCAGCUCCUGCACCUCCGCACCGCAAUUCUGUUUUCCCCCUUGCUGGUAUAACGCUUUUCACCCCCGAAGCGGGGUAGGAAAGGCUCGGGUGACGCUGGGACAGCACGCAACCCGGCUGCACGGCGCGUUCUUCCCCCCGCGGCCCGGGGAAUGGAAGGUGCAGCCAGCAGCUGCUCGGAGUGGCUAAGGCGGUAGGCUGUGCCCGAGUCUCCUCCCUUUGGCUGGUCGCAGGCCCGCGAUCCGAGCAUCCCCAAGGUCAUGGCCGCCCCGCAGCUUUUCCGAGCGCUCGUGUCAGCGCAGUGGGUGGCGGAGGCCCUGCGGACCCCGCGCGCCUCGCAGCCGCUGAAGUUACUGGAUGCCUCCUGGUACCUGCCCAAGCUGAGCCGCGACGCGCGCCGCGAGUUCGAGGAGCGCCACAUCCCGGGCGCCGCCUUCUUUGACAUCGAUCGCUGCAGCGACCUCACGUCGCCCUACGACCACAUGCUGCCGAGCGCCGCGCACUUCGCCGACUACGCGGGCAGCUUGGGCGUGGGCGCGUCCACGCACGUCGUGGUCUACGACGGCAGCGACCAGGGCCUCUAUUCCGCCCCGCGGGUCUGGUGGAUGUUCCGCGUCUUCGGCCACCGCUCCGUGUCGCUGCUGGACGGCGGCCUCCGUCACUGGCUGAGCCAGAACCUGCCAAUCAGCUCCGGCCGGAGCCCCUCGGAGCCGGCGGAGUUCUCCGCGAAGCUCGACCCCUCCUUCAUCAAGACCCACGAGGACAUCCUGGAGAACCUGGAGACCCGGAGCUUCCAGGUCGUGGACGCCCGUGCGGCCGGACGGUUCCGAGGCACUGACCCGGAACCCCGAGAUGGCAUUGAACCCGGCCAUAUCCCUGCCUCCAUAAACAUCCCGUUCACUGAAUUCCUGACCAAGGAGGGUCUGGAGAAGAGCCCAGAGGAGAUCCGACGCAUUUUCCAGGAGAAGAAGGUGGACCUGUCCAAGCCCUUGGUCGCCACGUGUGGCUCCGGUGUCACAGCCUGCCACGUGGCCCUGGGGGCCUUCCUCUGUGGCAAACCGGACGUGCCUGUCUAUGACGGCUCCUGGGUGGAGUGGUACAUGCGUGCCCAGCCCGAGCAUAUCAUCUCCGAGGGCCGAGGGAAGACCCAAGGGAAGACCCAGUGAGGCCCGGCAGGACACAGUACAGCUUGGGUGACACCUGACCACCGCAGUGCCAAGCCUGGUCACCCUGACUCUGCUUUGAGGAGGGUCCCUCCUCAGACAACUCAGGUGGUGUUUGGGGUGGCACCCCAGAGACCAGGAGAUCCAAUGACUCCUGGGAGCCCAGUGGAGGUAGCUAUGACGGUGGCAGGCAGUAAGAGGGUACCCAGGAGAGGGAGGGAGGGAGGGAAAGAGGGAGGCCAGGCAGCAGACCAGCCUGCAAGGUGCUAAGCUGGGGCCCACCUAGCUUGUUUCACUGUAGAGAAAUAAAACAAAAAGCACAGAAA